AUGUCCUGGGACGCAUUUACAGCCUUUGGAGGCAAACUCGACAGUGCCGUUUUUCGCGUCCGUGAAUGGCAACACAGUGAUCGGAGUGGCCAAAGUAAAAUCUCAAAAUUCAUCACAGAGUGGAUACAAGGCCUGCGAGAGAGUCCAGCGGAAUAUGGAAUCCCACCGCACAGAGAAGUCGAUGUAACACGCCUUCUCGAUGCUUUCUUUCCCGCACCAUCGGCCAGCGGAGAUGGGAUCGUCCCGAUUCGAAUCAGAUCCGCACCAGGGUUUCCAGACUCGCUACGCCGCAUUAGUCCCGUCGAGGUUCGAUUUGGCCCUAACGACACAUUAGUACCCAUUGCGGACGCUCCGAACGCACUCGGUUACAUUUUUAGCGUAGUGCGCCCGCCUGAUGCAGGGAAUCCGACCUUGGAGAGCUAUCUCCUUCCGCUUUCUAUCUUCUACGCGUGGCUGUUGUAUGCCGUUUUUCUUGAACCGGUCUCAUCACAGGGACCGGUCAUCACCAAUGUUCCCGUCGAGGCUUGUCUCAUGUACUUGCCUGGCUCCCUGGGUGCCUCGUCCGCGCCGAUCUAUUUCCUGGGCGCGACGUGGUCUGGUGCGGACCCAGGUGAUGCAGAGGGUGCUGCCAGCACUGAAAAUGACGAGAGACAAAUGGACCUGUGGACUAACUGUUCACUCGUUCAACCGGCAUUGAAUUUGAACCCGAAUGCUCAUCUACCAGAACUGUCACCCGGCACGAAAAAGAUCGCCGCGCGACGUCUCAAUGAAUACAUUCUUGGUAAAACGAGCAGCCCAGAGAGUCCUGUUCCUUCAUUUCUCAGCCCAAUAUUCAAUGAUAUCUUCCCGCCUAUACCCGGUAUGGAAGGUGAAAUUGGCCUCCGAGAGUUUGUCUUUGCCUUGUCACUUCUCGUCAAAGCCGAUGCCAAGCAGCCUUUGGGCGUGGCCGUUGAACCUGACCUGCUCAUCGCGAAUACAAAGUUGGAGCCCCGGCUGAUGGAUCUACUCUUACCAUUCGUGGACUGUUUGGUGGGUGUCAUCGAUCCGGCGAAACUUACCAUGAUGGUUCAGAAACUUGUUCAAUUCUACAUCACUCCCCAUGUAAUUAUCCCAGUUAGCAAUCUUGAGCUGCCCCUAGGCCCGCAGUCGAAGGCGAUACUCGAUCCACUGGCUCUGUCCUUACCGGGUCUACUGCUUCCCAAGAUUACCGAAAAGCUCGAAAGCUUACGCCGUCACAUUCAGCACGAAUAUUUGAGUACAAAUGACCAGGAAAGAUUUGUUGAACGGAAAUACUUCAUUGCUGAUACGAGUCCCUAUGGACGACUGGCGGAAACCGCACCUGUUUUUGUACUGUCCCCCAGGGUUUUUGGCCCGACUCUGCCUAUGAGUGACCUAGCAAGUCUCCGCGGCGUCAAUCUAUCUGUCCGCGUCCUCGGUCAAGCCAUCAUCGGCGGGGCUUUUGACCAGAAUUUUUCCAGCGAAAUUCUGGAUCAGGCGUCUUCUCAGGAGAUCAAUGGUCAAUCCGUGAAAACUGCCGUCAUUGGCCCUCCCAGUCGGGAAAGUCAAAUGUCAGAGCUGCUUGUCCACACACAUGUAAACUUUGGCCAAGCUUGA